CGCUACUUCUACCUGCAGGCCGUGGACACCGAGGGGCGGAGGUUCACUUCAUCACCAGGUGAAAAUGCAUUCCAGGUGAAAAUCACUGCUCCUGAUGAACAGUUCACUCGAGUUGGUGUGCAAGUUUUGGACAGGAAAGAUGGUUCCUUCAUUGUGAGAUAUAGGAUGUAUGCAAGCUACAAAAGCCUGAGGAUAGAAGUCAAAAUCAAAGAUAAACAUGUUGCGAAGUCUCCAUAUAUUUUAAAAGGGCCAGUUUACCAUGAAAACUGUGACUGCCCUCAAGAGGAGAGCAAUGUAUGGCUGGAAGAAAUGAACUGUCCUCAGGUCUUUCCACAGAUUCAGAGAGACCUAGCAAAUUUUCCUGUUGUUGAUCCAGAUAAGAUUGCAAUAGAAAUCCCACAGAGGUUUGGACAAAGACAGAGCUUGUGUCAUUACACCAUCAAAGACAAUGAGGUUUAUAUAAAGACGUAUGGGGAACAUGUUGGCUUCAGAAUUUUCAUGGAUGCUAUACUUCUUUCUUUGACAAGAAAAGUGAGUAUAUCAAUAUAGUCCUUUAUUCUGUAUGUUCUAAUUUUUAGACUUUUGCUUAACAAGUACACUUCAAUAUAAUUUGUUGAUGUUUCUCUUAAAAAGCUCUUAUUUUCUUGAUAAUGGAAAGACCAGAUUAAUUUUCCUUUAAGUUGGGAAGCACUAAAGUCCCAUCAGUGGCAUGUGGGGAAACUCGAGCAAAAAGCACUGCACAGACUCUUUUCUAGGAAAUAAUCUGGAAAAAAAAAAAA